AUGGGAAUUACAGAGGAGGUUUUGGAGGUAGAGGGAGUUCAGACAGGGAAGGCUCUAGAGGUAGAGGGGGUUUUGGAGGCAGAGUUGGAGACAGGGGAUUUUGGUGGCAGAGGCAGAGAACGGGGGGGUUUCGGAGGUAGAGGUAGAUCAGACAGAGGAGGUUAUGGUGAUAGGUCAGACCGAGGAGGAUUUGGAGGCAGAGGCCGUGGAAGGUGGGAUCAAAGUGGUGGUUGGAAUAACAGAAAUGACAGUAGUGAGGAUAAGCCCUCUGACUGGAACCAAGAGGCAGGUGAGGGAUGGAAGAAAAAUGACGGUGUAGAAACUUGGAUUGGAGCCGGAGAUAAGAAUAAAUCGCAGAGUUGGAAUGCAGGAAGCUGUGGAACUAGCAAUCAAACCAGUGGGUGGAAUAGCAAGGGUAGGAACCAACCAACAGCAGCUAAAGAUGCUACUGGUAGUGGCUGGAACAAAGGAUCUGGUUCAAGUAAUGAAGCUGGUGGAAGCUAG